GAGAAGCAGAGGAGAACAUGAUGAUCAAUGAUUGAAUGUGGAGGUUUGGAACAUGGGCAUCUGGGACCCUCUUCUUCCCGGACAACACCACAUGUUUUGCUCUAUCAUUCUUCUCCGCGUCGCGUGUAUCUACCUGGAUGCGUAAUUGAACCCAAAACUGCAAAAACAAGAGGCGAGAGGAAAAAGGGGUGCAAAAACCAUGGGCCCUUUGCGGGGGAUCAUUUUUAUUCCAACAAACAGGAAAAGGGGAAGCCCGCCACUUGCUAUUACUGGCUCCUUCAUUUAUUUUACAUUAUCCCUCACUUUUAACUUGGGAACUUCCUGCCCCCACCAUGAUUUUGUUAUUUGUUUGAUUUGCAGAAUCUGCUUUUUGAUUGAUUUCUAAAAUCCGCUCCCUCACCUUCACCUUCAACCAUCCCCUGCCGCUAUCGUAAUUGGGUUGCUUCUCUUUAGGCUGACUCGCUGAGUCAAAGUCUCCAGUCUCCUCCAGUCCUCCCACCCCAACCUUAUCCUUCUCUACCUCCCCUUCCUUGUACUCUCCCCCACUUGCUUUCUACAUGAUUGAAAGUUGAAACCCGCCUCUGCCUUUUUAACUAUAAGUACCUACCUCGAUUAUUUAAGCAUCUCCCCUCUCCACUCCCUCCCCAUCCCCCCAAUCAUGACUCGAACGCUUCGAAUCCUCAAUUCCCUCGACCGCGCCGCCGCCGGUGCUCCCCCGCCCGAGGCCGUCGCCGUCGAAUCCGACUUCGUCGUUAUUCUCGCCGCCCUCCUCUGCGCCCUCAUAUGCGUCGUCGGCCUCAUCGCCGUCGCCCGUUGCGCCUGGCUCCGCCGUGGAUCCGGCACCUCCGCCUCCCCCGCGCGGGCUCUGGCCAACAAAGGUCUGAAGAAGAAAGUUCUGCGGUCGCUCCCGAGAUUCACCUACGUUAACGGCAAUCCAAUUAAGUGGGUGGCCACGUCGGAGUGCGCGAUUUGCCUGGCCGAGUUCGCCGAUGGCGACGAGAUCCGGGUGCUUCCUCAGUGCGGGCACGGCUUUCACGUGGCUUGCAUAGACACGUGGCUGGGGUCCCACUCUUCGUGCCCCUCUUGUCGGCAGAUUCUGGCGGUAGCCAGGUGCCAGAGGUGCGGCCAGUACCCGGCGGUAGGAGGCGGGGGAUCGGCCGGAGCCGCCAGUAGCUCUGCCGGUGAACCUGAGCUGAAGUCCAGAGAGGACGACAAUGCCGCUUCUACUACUGCCAAUAAUAACAUAAGCAGCGGGUUUAAUAAUUUCUUGCCCUGAGCACUGGGCAAGUAGUCGCAAACUUUUUGUAUGUAUAUGUAGAUUUGUUUUUUAAAUUUUACAAAUUUGUACUUCUUUUAAGUCCUGGGAGUUGGGAAUAGAAUGAACUUCACUCUGGGUGAACUCAGUCAUAGUUAUG